AUGAGUGAUAACCAGGGCGAUAUCGUGAAGAUGAAGAUGGCAGAUUUACGGAAAAAGUUGGAAGAAUUGGAGCUGUCUACGCAAGGAAGCAAAAAGGAAUUACAGGAGCGACUCCGAACUGCACUGAUGAUGAACAAUGAGGCUAUUACGAAUGAUUAUGUCGAACCAGGUGAAGACGAAGAAGAUAACGAAAGUGAAUACGAAGAAGAUGACGAAGACGUUCCCAAAGCGACUAAGACGGGUUGCCGACGGAAGCAAACACGUGAACAAGUAUCCCUGACUUUUCGAGAUGUGGAAGAAUCAUUAGAAAAGUUCAGUGGUGAUGAAAAACUAAGCGUCACUCGGUGGUUGGAUGAUUUCGAGGAGAUGGCAGAAUUGUGUCAGUGGGUUGAUGUUCAGAAGGUGGCUUAUGCAAAACGUCUUCUCACUGGUUCAGCCAAGCUCUUCGUCCGAUACGAAAAAUGCGGUAAGACUUGGAAAAGUUUAAAAUCCGCGCUAAAAAGCGAGUUUGAGGAAGUGGUGGAUAGCUACAAGGUUCACCGCGAGUUAUCCAGGCGAAAUAAAAGGAACGACGAAACGUAUCAAGAGUAUACGUAUAAGAUGCUCGAGAUAGCCAGCCAAGCGGAUCUGGAACCUCGAACCGUAAUAAAGUACAUAAUAGAGGGAAUACCAGAAGACCCAGUUGAGAAAUCUAUUUUAUAUGGAGCGAAAACUAUCCGACAACUGAAGGAAAGGUUUUCUCAAUUUGAAGAUAUGAAGAGCGAGAUGAAGUCCCACAGGAAGAUCCAGGACAAGAAAGAAGACACCAUAAAACGCGUUUCCACAGGGGAGAAAAGCAGGCUAGGACUUCAAAGCGUAUCGAAUGUGAAACGGUGUCAUAUGUGUGGUGACAAAGGUCAUUUUAAAUCGGAGUGCCCGAAUAAACAAAAAGGAUUAAAGUGCUUUAAGUGUAAUGAGUACGGGCACAUUGCGAUUAAGUGCGGUAGUUCGGUACCAAAACCCACAAACACCCAGAAGACCAACAGCAUUUCAAGGAAUCACACCACGAAACAUACAAAGGAAAUCACCAUAACGGACGUCAAACUCACUGCGCUCAUCGACACAG